ACAGAACACACAUACACACACACAUACACACACACUCUUUCUCUCUCACAAACACAUCCAGCGGCCACAACAGCAGCCGGCACAGGAAGAACUGAGCGCUAUCUUCAGAGAGAUAGAGAAGCAGGAGAGAGAAAGAGAGAGAGGGAGUGUGUGUGUGUGUGUGUGAGAGAGAGAGAGAGAGAGAGAGAGAGAGAGAGAGAAAGAAAGAGAGAGAGAAAGAGAGAGAGAGGGGGGGGACCACACAACAACAACCUCAUACUGGGCUCAAGCUGUCUCUUGACUGAUGGACAACUCUACACAUCAACAGUUGCAGUUACUGUCUAAGCAGUGAGAGAAGGAGAGGAUAGAAAAGAGAGGAGCGCUAAAGAGAAGAGAGUCAAGGAGGCACACCUCGGUCCCCUCUCUGAGGAGAAGAAAAAGAGUCUUUAGUCACUGAUGGAAUAUCUUCUUCAGUGAUGCAGAUGGAGCAGCCUGUGCGGCAGGACAUGCAGUUCUACUACGUGGGGGACCAUACGUGGGCGACCAUGCUGGGCCAGAGUGUGCGUCUGCAGCCGGUGCCUAUCCAGAGCCUAUCUGAACUGGAGAGAGCUAGGCUGCAAGAGGUAGCCUGCUACCAUCUCGGGGAGCGGGACCUUGACUUCAACAUCAGCAUCCCCAGAGAAAUCCGUAAGAGGAGAAAAUCGCUCAGAAGGAAGUUUGACUCCUUCUCCAAAGAAAAGAAAGAGAAAGAGCGAGAGACAGCCGCCAAGGCGUUUGGCAUACCUCUUUCGCAGACGAUAGCCAACGACCGGGCAUACAAGCAGCGUCAGGAUGCUCUAAAGGAGAGCCGGAGAGACUGCCUUGAUCUAGAGGCCAGCGUCCUGAGGUUCCGGGCUGAGAAACAACAGCAGAGCAACGGGAAUAAACCCCUCUGUAGCACGGCUUCAUCCCCCUUCAGUGGUGCUACAUCCUCCUCAUCAUCGGCAGCACUGGCGUUGCACAGCAAGCCACUCUCACCCAGGUUCCUGGAUAAGAAAGCUAGAGUGCAGAGACGGGGUGGCCUGUCAGUGGACUCCAUCUCAGAUCUUGUAGAGAGUCAGUCCCGCCUGUUGGAGGCGCUGCAGCUGUCUCACCCUGCAGAGCUGGAGCUGAAGAAGACUGCAGCAGGUGCCGGGGGGCGGACUCAGACCAAGUUGAGCCUCAACCCCAUCUAUAGACAGGUUCCCCGUGUGUUGGAGAGGUGCUGCUGCCACAUAGAGAGACACGGUCUACAAACUGUGGGGAUCUUUCGUGUUGGGAGUUCCAAAAAGAGAGUUCGGCAGCUGCGUGAGGACUUUGACAUAGGGACAGACGUGUGUUUGGACGAGGAGCACAGUGUCCACGAUGUAGCGGCAUUACUGAAGGAGUUCCUCAGAGACAUGCCUGACCCUCUACUGCCAAGAGAGCUCUACGCUGCCUUCCUACAUGCCAACCUUCUGCGAGGGACAGACCAGCUAAUGUACCUCCAGCAGCUGCUCUACCUGUUACCCCCCUGUAACUGUGAUACCCUGCUCCGCCUCCUCACCCUGUUACACACCGUACAAAGCCACGCACAGGACACCACAGGACCACAGCACCAGGAGUUCCCCGGCAACAAGAUGACAGCAACCAACCUGGCAGUGAUCUUUGGUCCCAACCUGCUACAGGGGGAGAGGGGCGGAGGGGACAGGGAGAUGAGUCCCCACGCCAUGGGCAUUGAGGACAGCGCUGCCAUCAUCAACGUCACCCUUCACCUUAUACAGAACUACAGGCGACUGUUCACGGUGUCAGCAGAGCUCCAGCAGGAGGUAUUGAUGAGUCUCAUCCAGACAGAUCCUGACAUCAUCGACUAUCUCCUCCGCAGGAAACUCAGUGGCAGUCACCUGACGGUGGAGACGGUAGACACAGCGGGGGGUCGGCGGGACACGGGGGCAUCUCUGGACUCUGUAGGGGCGUCUAGUGGCAGCCUGUCACCCCUGGAGCCCUCGCCCCUCUUCAACCCCGACGAGCCAGGGGACAGCAGGCUGACCACAGAGGUGUUCCUCAACCUCAACGUCCUCCAACGCCACCAUAACAACAAGAAACGUUCCAACGAGACCCCGUCCAAGUCCAUUGGUCAGAUGAGACAGUUCCACUCCCACCACAACCUACUGAGUCUGGCCCAGCCCUCCAGUAGCUCCAGAGUCCACCCAGAGGACAGCCAACACCAUGCCCAGGAACGGAGGAUUCCGCUGGGCGAAGGUCUGAGCUUCACCCUGGGGGCUGCCUCAUGCUCCAGCCUGGGAGGACAGGGGGAAAACAGUAUCUGGGUGAGGCAGACACCCCAGGAGGAGAAAGAGAAAGCCUCUCCUAGUCAUACAAGUCAUUUUUGGGACUUCUUCACAGGCAAGGGCUCAGGGUCUGAGACCAUGGUAUGACAGGAUAGAACACUGGGGGGUGCAGGGUGGAUUGGGACUAGAAAUGGUUGGACUGGCCCACCAUGCCUUUGUCUGGUCUGCCCUAUUGUCAUUUCUGGCUGGCUGGGAGGUGGUUGGACCACGUUGAGGGACACUGAUAUAGAGUAGUGUUUAUACGUAUUCAUACGAGUGCAAACGUAGACCGCACACACACAUUGUUGUAACGUGUGAACUUAUAUUUUUUACUAUAGAGCCUAUCCCCUUCCCCUCUAUCCCUCAACUUAUCCAUGAUCUCUCGUGAUGCUACACUGAGCUCCAUCCAAACAGCCAGAAGAAAAAAAACAUCAGUGGCUGUAUCCUUUAUGAUCAUCUAUAUUCUGAACCCUCUUUUGGGUAACUGAACACUUAACGUUUGAUACGGCUGAAGACCAAGGAGACGAUGGGCAACACUCUGUAAAAUACAUCAGUGUUUUAAACCAUGAAGACUAUGGGCUCUAUUCGUAAAGUUCUGCGUUGGAGCCUGAUUGACAUUUUAAAGACAACGUUCCCAUGCUAGCUGAGACUGCAUUCACGUUAACCGCUGCAUAUGUCGGCUCAAUCGGGAAAUUAAUUCAGUCCCAAGUGCUUUCUCGAAUCUCAUAUAUUGGGUUUGAAACAUUGGUUGCCAUGACAAAGGUGACACUUUUCAUAUGUACAGAAAAGUAUAUAAUCGUUCAAUGCGUUUGCUUCAUCUUCUGGUGAAAGGUCACCUCACACAUCAUUUCUGUCUGGAUCUUAUCCCGCUUCACAGGACUAUAGUAAUUAACUACCAGGGACAAUGUGGCCAUAGAAAGCCCAUGUAUUCAAUAACUAAAGAACUACCUGAGAAUUCAAUUGGGCUUGAAGAUUGAGACAACUUCUUAUAGUAAACCUGUCCCUACCAUGUAAAUGCAGUAUUGUCUGUUUUUUUGUAUGUAUAUAAAACAAAUGUAGGCUUGUGUGCAUCCAGUCUCUGUAUUUGUUCUGGACCUUAUUGAAUUGCAGUAUUGAUAUCCAACAAAAGACUUGUUCCAUGAGGUGCUUGCUAUCCUGUAAAUAUUAAUCUCACUCUUCUACCAUUAGACAGUACGUGUCAUUUUUUUGGGGGGGGGGCAAUACUUUUCUAUACUUUGUAAACACGCAAGCAAUAUCCCCUCAAGGUGUAGCUAGAUUUCAAACUGUCUAUUUUCUUACAGGUGUUUCUUGUAUCUUGGAAUGCAUCUAUGUACGAGAUUUGAAUUAAAAUGUACAAUUGUU